AUGGGACCUGUGGUUGCCCACAGCACCACCACUCUUCCGUGUCCAGCGGGUCCCUCUGGGUUUCUCACAGGUUACUACACCCCUUCGUUCUCCAGGAACCUCGUGGGUGUCAGUCACCUCCACGACCUAGGUGUAGUCACUACUUUCCCACUGGACGAGCCUGUUGCCUCCUACACUGUCGGUGCCACUGGGGCGCCUCUGGCCACUUUCCACAGAGAGCCGGGAUCUGCGUCGCUUGCCCCGCUUCCUCGCUCGCCUGCGCCGCCGUGCACUCCUUGCGUCGAGGGUCGGCAGCGCGCCGCCCCUCACUCCUCCUCGUUCCCCCCCACCACGGCUCCCUUCCAAACCCUGCACUUUGACGUUUGGGGCCCCUCCCCUGUCCUUGGCCCACGUCAGGAACGCUACUUCCUGAUUGUGGUGGACGACUAUUCCCGCUACACCACGGUUUUCCCCUUGCGACGGAAGGCCGACGUGUCUACCGUCCUCGAGCCAUGGCUCCUAGCGUGGGGUGGCGCCCAGGGCCUGUGUGGGCUUCGCCUACACUCGGACCGUGGUGGUGAGUUUUCUUCCACUCGCCUAGAGACGUUCUGUCAGGGUCGGGGAGUCAUUCAGUCGUACACGCUACCAGCCUCGCCGCAGCAGAACGGGGUAGCCGAGCGUCGCAUCGGCCUGGUCAUGGAGGUUGCCCGGACCUCCAUGUGCCAUGCCGGUGCCCCUCAGUUCUUGUGGCCUCAGGUAGUCCGCUACGCCGCGCACCAGCUGAACCUGUGGCCCAAUGACGCACGGCCACGGGUGACGCCGGUCUCUCUCUGGUCAGGUUUACAGGGCGUAGCAGCUGACUUCCGCGUCUGGGGUUGUCUGGCUCACGUUCGCGCCCCUGGCGCGAACAAGUUAUCUCCGCACACUCGUGCCUGCGUCUUUCUUGGCUUCCCUUUGGACGCCUCCGGCUGGGUGUUCUACGACCCGGUCACCUGCGGGUUCUUCGCUUCUCGGGAUGUCACGUUCGACGAGUCUGUCUGUUACUACAGGAGUCGUCCCCAGCGAGGUACUGAGGUCUUUCCCCCCCCGCUGUUCCUCACCCUUGAGCCCCCCCCAGUCGCCCCGGUAGCCCCCCCCGCUUUGCGUCCUGCCCCUUCAGGUGUGUCGCACGUCACUCCGCAGUCGUCCCCCCCGCAGCGUCCAGUCCCUGUCGUGUCUGGGGGUGCGGGAGGUGCAGUUGCGGAGGGUGAGGAUGCUGGGGCUGGAGGAGCUCGUGGUGUCGGUUCAGGGGGUGCAGUGGGUGUGGGCGUGGAGGUCACUCCCGUGGAGGACACGGCAGCCUCGAGUCGGCGGCCUCGCCCCGCGUCACCCCCCGGCUUCCCGGUCGUCCCUCAGUUCCCUCCUUGUUCACCUCUGCGGCUGGUUGCUGCGGAGCCUGGGGGUGCUCCUACGAGAGGUACUGGAGGCCCCGGGGGUGUCGCUAGUGGAGGUGCUGGUUCUGGGGGUGCUGGAGCUGGAGGCACUGGCACUGUGGCGCCUACACCGCGCACUGUACGUUUCCUGACCCGGCGUCUCCUCCGGUUGGAGAGGGAGGAGCGUGAGCGGUUUGAGAGGGCACAGCAGCUGCAGCAGCAGCAGCAGGAGCAGGAGCAGCAGCAGCAGCAGCAGUAG